GAAAAAUAUUUUUAUUGGCUAAAAAUGCCUCCUGUUAAGCAUUAUUCGUCUAGUGAAGUGAAUCAGUAUGAAUUAUCAUCAAGACUUUUAUCCCUUACUGAAAAUAAUACAUCGUAUACACUUACUCAAAUAAAUGGCCAAAGGAUUUAUAGAAAGGCUCCUCAUGCAUGGAGUGGUCCAGAACCUUCAAGGAAUUGUGAGGUGUUUAUUGGACGAAUCCCUCAUGACUGUUUCGAAGACACUUUGGUGCCGUUGUUCCGUCAAGCUGGUGAGCUGUUUGAGUUUCGACUCAUGAUCAACUUCUCCGGCUGGAAUAGAGGGUAUGCCUUCGCGAUGUACACAACUGAUGCAGAAGCAAGCAAUGCUAUUCGUAUGUUUAACAACUACAUGAUAAGACCUUCUUGGCAACUGGGUGUCUGUCCAUCAAUUAAUAAUUGCCGUAUAUUCAUAUCGCGUAUACCACCGACUACGCCAUCUGCGGAGAUUAUCCGCUUGUUAUACGCACUGACGGACGAAGUGCAAGAAGUGCGUAUCCGUCGGUCGAUUGCUUCGUGCGCAGCAAUUGUUGAGUACAAGUCUCACCGCGGUGCUGCUAUGGCCAGGAAGGCCUUGGUUGCUGCCGCUGCUGCCGCUUGGGGAUGUGGCGCUAGACCUGCUGUAGACUGGUCACUCCCGCAGUCCCCGCAACUGCUCAAACAAUAUCGAGAGGUGGGACGUUGGACUCCUGAACGUGGAGUGGAGUUGACUCGGGCACCUGAAGAACCCGCAACUACAUCGCCACCGCCUGCCGCGCCCUCUUAUACGCUCGAACCAUGGUCUCAAGCACGUCGUCUGCGCAUGAUUCACGAAGCCCAACGAAGUGCCGCUGCUGCUGCUGAGUGGUCAAACCGUAUUAAUAACGGCAUGGAGUCUCUGGUUUCGUCGAUGACUUCCCUAGGUUUCGGAGGUGGGCUUGGGCUAGCUGGUCGUGAGGCUGGUGUUUGGGCGCCCCCUGGAGCUCCUGGAACUGGUCUGGGUGCUCCUCGCAUGCCCACGCCACCGCAACCGCGUGACUUUAAUCCAUGGACUGCGCGCCAUCCACUGCAGGAGUUCAUCACUCCCGGCAAAGAUAGCCAGUGAGUGCAUGCGCUAUUUGUUCAAAACGGGACAGUUUAACAAUCGUAUUGAUAAAUGAUUAGUGGCCGUUGACGUUGAAUUACAGCAGUUCGCCACGAAUAAAAAAUUCGUAAAUGAUGUCUAAGUAUUAACGAAAUAUACAUCAAUGAAAAACUAAUUAUUUUAAAGGAAUCCCAAAUACUAGCCAUGUUUACCCGUCUCUUAAUAACUUUCAUCAUGACAAUCAAUACACGCGCCGUGUAACUGUCCCGUU